UCAUGAUGUAUAAUAGUCAAAUUGAGCAAAGCUAGUUUUCUGAGGCAAUUCAGAAGCUCGAGCUUUUUAUUAGUUGCAGAUAAUUAGAUGAUCUAGACACAGUUAGUGUUAGUGAUCCCUAUGUAAUUAUGUAUCAAAAAAACAACAAUUAUUGUAAGAGUUCCAUUAAUUUAUCUAGGGACUAAAAUUGGAUAAACAGAAUUGAUUUGGAACAAUUUAAAUCCAAAUUUUGCGACCUCUAUUUAAUUGGAGUACCAUUUUGAAGUUUAACAACAUUUAAAAAUGGAAGUUCACCAUUACAUUAGUCCAACCCAAUCAAAAGUAUUAUAUUUCUGAAUAUUAUAGAUCAUUGGUAUUGCAGAAACAACUGUGGCUGAAAUAGCUGGUUCUAAGGAUCAAAUAUUUAUGGGUGAUUUAGUUAAUAUUUCUGGAAAGAAAAGUGGAAAAAUAAUUGUUAAAGCAGACUAAGUUAAAUAAUGUAAUGAUGAGAUCAUUCUUACUUUAUCUGGUUAGAGCUUACCUGAAACAAGAUUUUGGUUUUGGCAUGGGACAUGUCCAUUUUUAAGAUUUUAUAGAUUAAGGAAGGAUGAUAAUAAUCCAGUUUUGGUUUAUGAAACUGAAUUUGCCAAGGACACAACAUCUCCACUAUGGAAAUAAAUAAGUUGCAAAGCCCAAAAAUUAUGCAAUGGUGAUUAUCAAAUGCCAAUCAAAGUUGAAUUAUGGGAUUAUAGAAGUUCUGGUAAGCAUAAUUAUUUAGGGGAAACGACAUUUUGUGUAGAAGAAUUAAAGGAGCAUAGUACAUAAAAUAAAAUAUUAAAAAAGGAAUUUAAAAACAAAAUGAAAAAGAAUGAAUCUUCAGGUGUUUUAUCGUUUAACAAAUUUUAAUUAAGAACUCGAUAUACAUUUUUAGAUUAUUGUGCUGGAGGAUAAUAAUUAAACUUGAUAGUUGCUAUUGAUUUUACAGCUUCAAAUGGUAAUCCAAAUGAUCCAAAGUCACUUCAUUACAUGACCUAAAAUGGUGCUCCUAGUCAAUAUUUACAGGCUAUUAUUAGUGUUGUGGAAAUUCUAAUAAAUUAUGAUCAUGAUAAGAAGGUCCCUGUUUAUGGUUUUGGAUGCAAACCAAGAAUGAAUUUGAUUAACACCAAUCAAACCCUUCAUUUAUUCCCACUGAAUGAUAACCCAGAGGACCCAGAGUAAAUUUUAUAAUCAAUAUUAUUAGAGUGUAUGGUUUAGAUGGAAUAGUAUAAUGUUAUAGAACAUCACUGCAUCGUCUAUCAUUUGAUGGUCCCACCUACCUACAUCCAAUCUUAAGAAAUGCUAUGGAUAUGGCUUAGCAAUGCAAAAAUUAAGGCAGUGAAAAUUAUUUGAUUUUGAUGAUCCUUACUGAUGGGCAAACAAAUGAUAUGCAAGCAUCUAUAGAUGAUAUAAUUGCUUCUUCAAAUUUACCAUUAUCAGUUAUUAUUAUUGGUAUUGGAGAUGCCAAUUUUAAGAACAUGUCAAUUUUAGAUAAUGAUGAUAAAAGUAUGGUUGAUAGUAAAGGAAACAAAGCAGUUAGAGACUUGGUUUAAUUUGUUCCUUUCAAUGAAUUUAAAAAUGAUCCAGCUCUCUUAUCUAAAGAAGUCUUGGCUGAACUACCAGAUUAAUUAGUAGAAUACAUGGAAUUAAUGGGAAUACCGCCUAAACCACCUAAGAGUAAGAAUUUUAUAUUAAUAUUAGAUAUUCAAGCUAAUUAAUAUUAGAUUCCAAUCAAUAAUGCUCCUUAGUAGAAUAUUGGACUCCCAUAGAAUCCUCAAUAUAAUGUAUAUCCUCAAAAUUAGUAAUUUUAAACUGAUUAAGAAAGUCAAUAAUAUCAUUCUUAAUAAUAAAUUUAUUAGCAGUACUAGCAAUAACAAUAUCCAUAAUAACCUCAAUAGUUUAUGGCACCAUAAUAAUAUGCACCCUAACAAUAGCAGUACUCUCAACAAUAAACUUAUCCUCCUUAAUAAAUAUACCCUCCUUAGUAAUAUCCAUCAUAAUAGAAUUUUCAAUAUUAACAAUAGUAAGCCCCAUAAACUGGUAUGGCUACAAAAACUUUAGGGUAGGGCUUAGCACAAUAGGGAUUUUUAAAGGGAUUUGUUUAGUAAGCUAAUUAAUAAUUCAACUAUCCAUCAUAAUGAUUAUCCUUAAAAAGGUAUCC